GCACGAGGGGCUUGGAGCUGGGCGACACAUGUGGGGAGAUACUUAAAAGCUUCACGGUCCUGUUGCAAUGCUAUUCUGGGUUGAGGUAACAGAUACGUAUUUGAGUACCCCACCCACACUCGAGAACUACAUUGUAUAACACCACAUCACCACUACGAACAUAACAAAUUCGUGAAAAGAACAGACAGAGCACGAUACAGUCACAAUGGCCGCCCCAGCAUCUGUCAACGUCAAGAACCUCCAAGGAAAAUGGGUCAUGAACAAGAGCCUCUCUGACGCCUUCGACCCCGUCCUCGCCCUUCAAGGCGUCGGCUGGUUGACCCGCAAAGCCCUGGGCGCCGCAACAGUAACCCAGCAUCUCAAGCACCACACCGCCGAAGACGGCACAUCAGCCCAGAUCGACAUCGACCAGCUCAUCUCUGGUGGUCUCAAGGGCAGCUCUGAGAAGCGCACACUCGACUGGCAAUGGCGCGGACACUCCGACUGGCUCUUCGGCACGCUCAAAGGUCGCUCGCGGUACACCACACUCGCUGCCGUACUCGAGGAGGCGAAGGGCAAAGGCGUCACAGAGGAGGAUGCAAAGUAUCUCACCGAGGGAUGGCUCAAGGAGAUUGAAGAGGGCGAGGUGAUUGAGAGUUUUGUGGAUAACGAGGGGAACAAGUGGACGGGGUGGCAGAUCUGGGGCUUUGCAGAUAUUGGAGGCGAGAGGAAGUUUGUGAGACGCGUUGUGGUGAGGAAGUCGGAUAAGGAUGAGGUGAAGAGGGUGAGGCUUGUGUAUGAUUUUGCUGGUGAGUUGGCGUAGGUGUGAGUACCUCCUAUUUCGUACCUUCCGUCAAAGUCGAGAUUGCUGUUCAUCAUGUGCAUCAGGUUUGCGAGUUCUAUUUUUUGACUCUGGUCACA